CUCCAGUCGAACGUAUCAAUCAGUUUCGUACGAUCGUCGGCACGGUGAUCGAUAACGGCUUUCGCUCAGGGCAUAAUGGCUUUCAAAUUCGUGCCAAUCCUCGCCAUCCUGGCAACGGCUCUAGUCUACACGGAAGCGGGAGGUCAUGCUCACUCCUUCCAACACUUUCACGGCCCGGUCAAAGGUGACGAUCAGGAAGUCACCUGGAAGGACAAGCACGGGCAUCAUCACCACGACUACGUAGCCCAUCCCCACUAUGAAUUCGCCUAUGGCGUCGAGGAUCACCAUACGGGCGACUAUCACGGCCAAAAGGAACACAGGGAUGGUGAAGGUGUAGUCGGCGAGUACACUCUUAAGGAGCCAGGUGGUAACGUGAGAACCGUGAAGUACCACGCUGACAAACAUGGUUUCCAUGCUCAUGUUCACAACAGCAAUGGAAACGAUCACUCUGGUGGUGGUCACGGAGGACAUGACCACUAAGCAUCCGAUUAAGCAUGUACACUCCCAUACCCAAACUCCAAAUCCUGAAAUCCAAUACCUUCCGCGUAUGUUCUUACAUCACUUUACCAAAGGCACCUGUUGUUCCCUACUUUUGUUAUGCGGCUUUUUUAUUAGGAGACUGUAAGAUAAAUUAAAUGACGCGCUGAAAACGUGAAA